UUCCAGUUACCGCAUCCGUCCAACAAUCGCCCCUAAGACCUCAAAACUCCCCGAGGCAAGCCCCCCAUGUAUGCUUGGGAUCAAACUUGCUUGGAUAAAAAUCGGGAUCAUCCCGUUGAUUACUCCUUCCUCUUGCCAAUUACCCGCGCCAUCUUCCGAUAGAUGGUCUACAAAUAUUACUGUAUAGCCCACCCGGGGAUCUGUUGAUCGAAAUGAAAGGCUGUAUCUGGGCCUUCCUUGAUCUCUUCGAAACGUCGACUUGACGGAACUUAUAUAUAAACCUACAAAUCACAAUGAAACUACUCCUACUGUUACUCGGAUCUUUCACGGGCAGUCUCGUCCAAGCCCAGACUGGCGUUACCCAUCCCAUCUCAGAAGAUUGUGGCCCUUCGGUUGUCUGCGUCAAUCACUAUGCGAAUGUGCUUCCCUACCACUUCUUUCGCAAUGUAAGCACCAUGGACGCCGUUACGACCUUCGGUGAUACCACCGUAGCAAACGGCACCGUCUUGCAAGACGUCAAGACCGCGGAUUUCAUUGUGUAUAACAAAGAGAAAGGACUCGAUGUCCUAGGAUCGAACCCGAGCUACGAAUACGUUUUUGCCGUGAACGAUGCGGUGCAUGAAGCCCCCGUCUACGUGGCAUCGCAGAACAAACUGUAUCUCUCGCAGCUCGCGCCGCCGCCAGGCUAUCUUCCGCAGCUGGUUGUCGAUCUCAACCAGGAUCCCCCAACAUUAUCCGAAUACCUCUCUGAUCCACCAGUCUAUGCCCCCAAUGGCGGCACGUUCCAUGACGGCAAAAUCAUAUGGGGCGCAUCUGGCGGCAACAAAUCAAUUGGCGGGACUGAACAACGCAUCUCCCUCAGAACCUUAGAUCCGGAGACAAAUAAAACAACGAGCCUGGUCAACAAUUACUUUGGAUAUUACUUCAACACCAUUGACGACAUUGCCGUGCAUCCCAAGACUGGCGAUAUCUGGUUCACAGAUCCACAAUACUCCUGGUUCAACGAUAUCACAGACACCCCUCCUCAGCUUCCCUGCGCCAGUUACAGAUAUAACACUUCUUCUGGGGCUGUGGUAGUCGUGGACGACUCAAUCGGUCAGCCCAACGGGAUCGCUUUCACUCCAGACGGAUCUAUUGUAUACAUCAGCGAUACUGCGGCCGUCAGCGCUCCUAUUGAUCCCAAAUAUGGCCAUCCGGGCAGUACGUUUAAUACCACGCAUCGGCGGACUAUCUAUGCGUUUGACGUGAGUGAGGAUGGUGCCCACGCUUAUAACAAACGGGCCAUUUAUCUGGCACCAGGCUUUGUCCCAGAUGGACUGAAAGUGGCAGCGAAUGGGUACAUUCUGACGGGAUGUGGUCGAGGUGUCGAUGUUCUUGACCCUUCUGGAGAGCUGCUCUUGACGAUCCAAACCAAUUACACGGUCCAGAAUUUUGCCUGGACGGGGCCGGAGCUGAAGACGCUAUGGCUGAUGGGCAAUGGAGGAAUCAGUAAAGUCGAAUGGAACCUGCCCGGCCAAGUGUUGAAAUAGACGCGACAUAGGUGAUCAGUGCGACUUCCCCUCGCUAUCUAACGUCUCAUUACGAAGAAGCCAGUAAAAAAAAGGCUACGAUUGAAAGAUGCCUUAUGCAUUGAUUUCUCAACAUAGCACUUUG